GUUAAUGCGCCGGCCUGGGAUGUAGGCACGAAGAAAAUCCUGAAGUGUCGGCCCACAGACUGUGAUGGCUGGGAGGUUGAGGGCCCGCUCUUGCCCACCCAGACCGCCUACCACUGAUGUUCCCGGAUGCACUGGCGUCCAGCGCCUGCCCUUUCGCCAUUUCCCCCUAUUAGCAUUAAAUCCCGGUGUUGAGAUGGCAAUGCUUUAGAACCCAGGCGUCAACGUGUUCUGUAGCCGCCAGUCCGCAGGAAGCGCAAGUGAUGGUUUUGCUGGGUGAACUCGGUGGUCACCCAAAUCCUAGUAAUCCAGUCCCGGAGAACAGCUCCUGGCCUUCCGUACUGCCAAGUGUGAGGCAAUCAACACAUGCCUUUCGAAAGAACGUUAAAUGAAUCCAGAAGAAGCCCUUUAAAGGAACCCCCUACGAGACCAUGUUGGAAUUGAGGUUUGGGUUAUCCUUCAGCGAAUGAGGCAGGGUAGAUGCACGCUGCUGGGUUUAGAAACAAACAAACAAACAACAACAACAACAAAUGAGCAAGCGAGACGCCCCUUCUGUUUUAUGAGAACCAGGCUGCAAGCAAAUAAAUCGGCUGGCCCCACUGCAAUCUUCUGCGCUCGAGCACCAAGAGGUCCUGUUCCUAUCAAUUACAGAAGCCAUAAAGAAAAGUUUUAAGAAGUUAAAUCUUUACCAUAAUGAGGUGUUGCCACAUCUGCAAACUUCCCGGACGAGUGAUGGGCAUUCGAGUGCUUCGUUUCUCUUUGGUGGUCAUCCUUGUGCUGCUCCUCGUAGCCGGGGCUUUGACCACUUUACUUCCAAAUAUCAAGGAAGACAAGAUGCUCACUUUGCGUAGGGAAAUAAAAUCUCAGGGCAAGUCCGCCCUGGAUUCCUUUACUCUAAUAAUGCAGACAUACAACAGAACAGAUCUCUUACUGAGACUCUUAAAUCAUUAUCAGGCUGUGCCGUAUCUACAUAAAGUGAUUGUGGUGUGGAACAAUGUUGGGGAGAAGGGGCCAGACGAGUUAUGGAACUCUCUAGGGCCUCACCCUGUCCCUGUGAUCUUCAAACUCCAGACAACAAACAGGAUGAGAAAUCGACUGCAAGUCUUUCCCGAACUGGAAACCAAUGCGGUGUUAAUGGUAGAUGAUGAUACGCUAAUUAGCGCCCAAGACCUUGUCUUUGCUUUCUCAGUUUGGCAGCAAUUUCCUGAUCAAAUUGUAGGAUUUGUUCCUAGAAAGCAUGUCUCUACUUCAUCAGGGGUCUACAGUUAUGGAGGUUUUGAACUGCAAACACCGGGGUUUGGAAAUGGCGACCAGUACUCUAUGGUGCUGAUUGGAGCCUCAUUCUUCAAUAGCAAAUACCUUGACCUGUUUCAGAGGCAACCUGCAGCUGUCCAUGCCUUGAUAGAUGAAAUCCAGAACUGUGAUGAUAUUGCCAUGAAUUUUAUCAUUGCCAAGAACACCGGGAAGACUUCAGGGGUAUUUGUGAAACCUGUAAACAUGGGCAAUUUAGAAAAAGAGUCCAACGGUGGCUAUCCUGGAAUGUGGCACCGAGCUGAGCACUUUCUGCAGAGGUCUUACUGUAUAAAUAAGCUUGUUAGUAUCUACGAUAGCAUGCCCUUAAAAUACUCCAACAUCAUGAUUUCUCAGUUUGGUUUUCCCUAUGCCAACCACAAAAGUAAAAUAUGAAACUAAAACAAAAACAAACCUCAAAACUGCUUAGUGUCUGAGUAGCUUCUCUUUGCUAGGGUUGGUGUUUUGUUUUUUUGUUUGUUUUGUUUUUUGUUUUUUUUUUAAGCAACAUCAUGAACUUUUAUCCACUACAGAAGUCUCUACAAAGGAAAAAAUGUACCAUGCUUCUAGGACAUAAAAUUUACAGGAACUUCAAAAACCAAGAAGCUGGUACUCUCUAGAUAGGUUUUUUUGGCGAGGAAUUUUCAUACACGGAUAGAACUCCUUGGUCAGUGAUUUUAUUGUUUACAUUCUGAGACAGUUCUACAAUUUCUUGGACUCCUGGCAUUUGCCUUAAGGACCUAUAGUAAGUUGUCUCCAGGAUCAGAAACUCCAGAAAAGCAUUUCUCAGCUUUUUCCCUAAAGGAUGAUUGUUUUCAUUUGAAGCCUGAAAUGCCUCAUUAGCAAAAGCCUACGGCAUAGAGAAAAGCCAUGUGAGGGGAGAAUAGUCUCAAUCCCUUAUAAAAACAAGUGGAAAACUCAUGACUCUCAGUGCUUUCAUUGUGGUCUUUCCAACCAGCCCUUUCCAGCACUAACUCGGCCCGGCAUGGUUUUGAUGCAACCAUCAGUGCUUUGAUUUUCGUUGAUAAGUCUGUUGUGACUGGGAGAGUUCAUUUUAGUAGCUGAAGGAUGUCUAGUUGUUUGCUUGAUUUUUGUGAAUAUUUACUGCAUGGAUCACAAAAAAGUGCAACCUGUGUUUCUUAUGUGCAACUUCUAUGCAGCAGGGAGCAAAUGUGUUACUGGAUUCAGGUAGUGCAUUUUGUCCCUGAAUCUGACCUUGAGAAGUGUAUGUUAAUUCUUAUAUUUUACAUAAACUGUGUGUUGUUUAAGAAACAUAAAAUAAUCUUCUGAAAGAAUGAUUAAUUAGGAACUGGCGAAAGUUACAGCCUUUGGUAUGGAAAGACCUUUAUUGUUAGGGCAUAGGGUUAUCUCAUGGAUACUAAAGAGUUAUGUGUAUUAUACACAAAGUUAAUCUCUCGUAUUCAGAGCUGCUGCUGCUUUUUUUUUUUUCAAAAAAGACCCAAGGCAUUCAUCAUGAUGAUAUUUUGAUUACAUACAGGAAAAAAAUAACUGAAUCAUAGCAGAGGAAUUUUAUAGGGAGUCUGCAUCGGUAAAUUGUUAACCUGCUCACUCUGUUACGUGAAUUAGUAUCUGUGUUCCACAUAGUGUCUGUGUUUGGUCCUUGUUUACAACAGUAGCAAGGAAUACCUAAUUAAGCUCCUGUCUACCACCUUCUCCUCUUCCCCUUCCCCCUCCUCCUCCCAUAAUGUCAUUGUAUUCUCACAUUUGCAAAGCUGUGAAAAUAUUAUAAUAAUCAUGGUUAAUGUUCCAAUAAUGAGGUCUAUGUGCAGUUAGUUCAGUAUAUGUUGUUUCUUUACAUUGGCAUGUGUAGGUGUCUUAAUGCAGUCAGAUAAAACCAGUAGAACCCAGAACCUCACUAAAAACCUAUAUGUUCAUUAUGUGCUUUGGCCAAACUUGGUAGUGAUUUUUUGCCUCUUGGAAUUCACCUGGCAGAUAAAUAAAAUAAACUUCUACCAUGCAGAUGUUCUCUUAAUUAAGCAGACUCACGUUUUUGUGGUCCGUGUUUUUACAAAUUUCUAAAUAUUCUAAUAUAUUGCUCAGGGUAAAGCGGAGGCAUUAGCUACAUUCCCGGGGGUGGGGGGAGUUCUCCGUGGGCAAAUAUUCCCAGAUUUUAUUUCCCAUUUUGUGUUCUCAAACUUGUCUUAAGCAUCACAUAAGUUAAUCGUAUCAUGUUUUACAGACAUUAUAGAGCAAAUAUGAUCACAAAGUGAAGUUCAGUCUGUGAUACAGAGACCUUUGCAUUGUGGCUGUGAUUCUACUAAAACUGUUUUCCUCUGUACACCUCUUAUUCUUGCUCCAAAUGACUGGGAGAAGAGAUGCUGCUCAGGUUUGAAACUGCAUGAGGAAAGCAAUGAACUUAGAGGCUAGGUGUGCCAGGAGAGUAUUUGGACUCAAAUCCUUCCUAGAUCUCAUGUUUACUUAACUUCUUGGAGCAUUGCUUUCCUCAUCUGCAAAAAUGGGAGUCCUAUCUACCUAGUGGUUUGCAUUAAGAAAUAGAAGAGCUGUUGGGGUGUGUUAUUGCUAAUAAGUGCAGUUAAUUCUACAACUCAAUACCUAGGUAUUAGAAAGCCUCUGGGCCCACCAGGUGAGAUAUUCAAGAAAUUAUUCCUAUGUAACAAUGGGCAGAGAACCAUGGCAAUUUUCAGGUCUUUAUUUCAAAUGCCCCUUUUCUUAUUCUUAAAACCCUACAUAUUCAUUCUAGCAAUUUUGGCUUAUUCAGAACAGCGUAAAGGAGAAAUGAAAAGCACACCACCACAUUAACAAUGGCUAAGCAUAUUUGUGUCUAUUCCUCCU